AAAACAUCGGCCUAGUGGUUUUACUGCAAAAAUCCUACAUAUUGUACCUUUAAAUAAAAACAUAUUUUAUGUUCCACUGAAGAAGUCACGAGGGGUCGACAGAGACAGAAUUUCACUUUCAGCUUGAACUGACCCUUAAACAUGGUUACGCAUAACUCAGAUACUUUCUCCAACUUAAGAAACUGUUGCAAGAUUGAAUCUGGUUGUACAUUACCAUCCAGUAAGCACAUUCAUCGUGUGUCACUAAAAUGCACACAGACCAGAUUCCUUUCACUGCUUUUCUGAAAUCCUAUAUUCUCAAGUGAUUAAGAAUAUACAGAAGUGAACCUGUAAGAGGGUUCAAGAUUUUCUAUUAAACGCUCUCUGUUGCACUUUGGAGUCUAUAACUAGCGAAGGCAUGCAGUGCUCGGCCCUUUCUGGCACGCAGGAGGAUUCCUGCAAACCUUUACAAGUGCUACUGUUUCAAUGUCUUCUCUUAAAAUGUUUCAUUACUUUCAAAAUGAGAGUGUUGACAUGUCAUCACCAGGCCCUGGCCGUUGGUGUUUCUGGUCAUAAGUAUUUUAGUGUUUGUUUUGAGUCACUCAUUUGCAGGAGCCACUAGCUUCAGUGGAUUUUUCAUGCGAAAGACCCGUUUACCAGCCACAGCCUUGACAAACCAGUUUGGAACUACGAAUAUGGAUAAGACAGAAGAAGCCGCAAUGGAUGACUUGGAAACGGAGGAAUAUCUGGAGGAUUUGGAGGCUAUAGAAGCACUCGAAGCCUUUGAGGGUCUUGAAUCCGCUCCACCCUAUCCAGGUCUUCCAGUCGAUUACGGAGGAAAAGAUGGGUCCUAUAACCCGGGUUACCACUCAUCUCCAUAUCCCAAUAUUAAUAUUGCAUACAGCUCGUACCCAGAGCCCGGAGCCAAUCCAAACUACCAGGGAGGUCCACACCAAGGGAUAUACCCUCAAAUUAACAGCCCAAACCCUGGGAUGUACCCUCAAGCUACCAGUCCAAACCCUGGCAUGUAUCCUAGAAGUACAACCGUAACAACCACAGUGAUGCUGCCUAGCCUGCGUGAAUUACCUGGUCAGACCAUGUGCCCUCACUGUAAGCACCAGGUGAUCACUAUAACAGAUCACUACUCUGGACUCAUGACCUGGAUGGCCUGCGGCUGCCUUGCCCUCAUCGGGUGCUGGCCGUGCUGUCUAGCCCCUUUCUGGAUGGAUUCUUGUAAAGAUGUUGAGCAUCGAUGCCCAAACUGCAACAACAUCUUGUCUUUCUACAAGCGCAUGUGAUCUGGAUGCAAACAUGUCCCACUUGGUCUUUCAAUUUAAUGGGAUCUAAUGGGUAUUAGAAAAGGGGAUAUGUCAGAAUUUAAUUUCACAUUAGUUUCCAGCCUACAAUGCUACAAUGUUCACAUUGUGUGAAAUAUUUAUUACAAACUGUACGAAAUAGAAUAUUUAAUAACCGCUUUAAAGCUUUACAUUAACUUCUGUUAGAACUCUAAAAGACACAGUUGUCUUUUAGUGUUUUUGUUAUAUUAAUGUAUCUUAAGUAUGAACUUUUAAAGUAAAUAAGUUGCAUUAUAUUGCUAUGCUACCCUACUCUUCACCUCUCAGCCUUUCAAUUAGCCUCAGUUCAAACCUUAUACUGAAUCCCCACAGCUAUAAUCAACAGUAAUAGUGUUGAUUGUGACCUACACUUAAUUACAUUGGUUUGGAUUCCUGUAAUUUAGACUCUUUUCCCCAGAGGGAUUUACAGGGCAUGCCUGAUUACACUGAAAUUAGUAUGUACAAUUUUAAUUUACAUUCAUUCAGAUAUUAUUAAAUGUUUCUGAAGCCAAAUUUAAGUGACAAGAGAGGUUGAAAUGAUCUGUAUAAAAAUAGUAUUCAGGCUCUGUGUAAUUUUGGAACCAUUUCAAUGAGGAUAAAUAAGUAAAUAUUAAUACAUUGUUUACAUCAUUUGCUCUGUAAAUAAUAAAAUAAGUGAAGCAUAAUCAUGCCAGUACCAUU